CAAUGGCGGAGGCUGGUUGAGGAGGAGUGUGUGUAAGUGAAGCGCCGCCGUAAUCGUUUGAGCUACAUUGCCCGUUAUACGUGCACGGUGCCCGAAAAUGGCCCUGAACCCCAACGCGGUGGGGAGAAGGGACUCAGAAUGUACCGCGACGGACGAUAUGCAGCUAGAGGGAGGCGAACCCCUGAAGAAAUCAGCCGCCACCUCGGCCACAGCCAACCAAAAUGGCGAUCAGCCUGGAUGUGGAGACGGUGUAAUGCCCGAGAAAGAAGCCCCUGAGCGGCGCAGGAGCGUGCAGGCAGAUGCCCGGAGCUUUGGCAGUUCUGCCUUGCAAGGCCAGAGACCGAGCGACGAGCUGCCACGGAAGAAUUUCCAAAUCCCGAGGAAGAUAAGAGAACGGAAAGGCUUGUACCAGUUCCUGCCCCCUGACAGCCGGGAGUUUGAAGACCUUGUGAAGAUCUUCUCCUCGUUUUACCUCGAUUCCUCAUCACGAGGAACCUUCUCCUACUGCAAGGCAAGGCUCAUUCACAAUGAGCUGCUGGAGAAGGAGUUCAUCGAGAAGCGGAGAGAGAUGAAGCAGGAGGGGCGGACGGAACCAGAGCUGACCGAGUCAUACUGCUUUCUUUUCCCAGACAAAUCCAAGCUCCAGUGGAUCUGUGAGAAGGGUCUGUCGGUGGGACACUCCAGGAUUACUACACUAGGAAACAAUUCAACGGGUGUUUAUGUCUCAAAAUAUUCUGAUCUGUUACAAAUCAAUCCCUUCGAAGUGGGUUCGUCUGGAGACAUAAUCAUUUUCAAAGUUAUGAGGGGCCGAAUAAAGCACAUCCAUGAGAACAUGCCUAAGAACGCUAUGGAACCGAAUCAGAAGUUUGACUCUCACUUGUCCAAAAGUGCCAAUAGGGUUACGUCUUUGCUGUCUUACAGGGCUUUUGAGCUCACACAGCAAUAUUUUUUUGAGUUUGCAUUCGAUGAGAUCAAGGCACGGCCCCGGCACGUGUGCCCCUACGCUGUGGUUUCCUUUCAGUACAAAGGCAAGGAGGCUGCAGCAACUCCUAUGACUUCACACAGGUUCAACACCAUUGCACCUGAAGGAAGGCGAGGGAAAAGCUGCUACACUGUGUGGAGUGGUGUACUGGUGAACAAGGGCCAGGAGUUAUUCCCAAUCUGUUUACGAUCCUCCUCGCGCUCCUACCUCCCUUACAAACUGCCUGAGAAGCUGUCGCUGAGUCGAGGUAUGCAGCUGGAGCAGGUGAAGCGAAAGAUCCCCUCUGUGCUUUUUUCUUGGGACACUUACAGCGCAUCACGGGAAGUGAUGAGGUGUGGGAUGUCCUGCAGCCUGUUCGAUGUGACUGACGGAAAAGGAAAACCAACCAAUGGCAGCUUGGCAGCGCUGGUCCACAAACUGGAGAGGGACAGGAUGGUGCUGGUGAAGUCCUUGUUUGACAGGGGCUUUCUGUUCCUGUUGUCCUCAUCGCAGAUGGUGGAGUCCAAAGAGCGGCGGGGGCGCGUUGAGAAGAACCUGCAAGCAUUAUUCAUCUUUCAGGAGUCAAGGAUGGUUGUCAAGUAUUCAUCCAGACUGUUCGAGCCGGAGACGCCGGAGCCCAAGCCUGCUACCGUGUCCUCGAUGGAACCUUUCGUCCCCGCUCUGCACUACGCAAUGUUCAAGCUGCGGCCCAACCCUGGCAAAGACCUGAGCUCUGGGGUGGAGCGCCAGGCCACAGACUACCUAACUCGUAUGGAAUCAGGCACGGUGCGGCCCUUCAUUCCGCCCGAAUACAAACAAAACGUGGACGAAAGGACCAACCCGCUCCAAGUGCCCAGACCCAAAUUUAACAUGGAAGCCGUGCUGCAUUCUUACGUCAAAAACCCUGCAAACUCUAUUUUACCUCUGAACAAAAUGAAGGACAUCCGUGAAAGGAUACAGCACCCAACACCCAUCCCCAUCCCCACACCUGCCCCGGCCCCGGUGGAAUACAGCCCCGUUUCCGACUGGGGCGGCUCGGACAGGGGCUCAGACCGGGCAGAGAGACCCGCAGAGAGACCCGCAGAGAGACCCGCAGAGAAACCCGCAGAGAAACCCGCAGAGAGACCCGCAGAGAGACCCGCAGAGAGACCCGCAGAGAGACUCGCAGAGAGACCCGCAGAGAGACCCGCAGAGAAACCCGCAGAGAGACCUGCAGAGAGGCUGCCCACGGAGAGGCCUCCUCCAGAGAGGCCAGCACACGAGAAGCCCCCCCCGGACAGCAGCAAGCGGAGACAGGGGUUGGCCCAUUCUAACGGGGCUCAGCCGCAGCCCAAGACGAACAUUGAGACCCCGGCUCAGGCCCCUCAGAAGUUGAAGCUUUCCCACAAUGAGUACGAAAAGGACAAGAUGAAACAGUUGCUCAAGCUGAUCCAGCUUCAUAAGAAGGCACUUGUGAAGGAACCGGGGAAGGAACAGGGAGAGGACGCAGCCUGGGACGCCAACAGUCUAAAGAGGAAGUUUGAGGGAGAGGAGAGGGGGGGCAUGAACAAACACCAACGCACAGAUCCGCAUAGCAAUGGGGAACCAAGCAGAGGAGCCACAGCAGAUGAGAUCGUUGAUGAGGGCGGGCAGAGCGAAAAUCUGACAGCAGUGAUGGAGAGCAUGGGCAUCUAUGACACGGACCUGAGGGCCCAUGGCAACGCAAACCCCACGGCAGUCAACGACACUCAGCGCCUGCUCAAGAUCCUCCUGGCCACUCUCAACAAAGCCGUGGCUCAGGGUGCGAUGGCGGUGCCGCCAAACCCCGGGGAACCAUCGACGGGUUCAGGGAGGGCGGAGCCUGCCUUCCCUGAGCCGGACCUCACCAAACUAAAUGAGCCUGUACCUCAGACGAACUACACAGAGGAGGACAUGGACUGUAGCCCUGGUAGUCCACUCGGCCUCGGAUCCCCAACAGAGCAAGCUCACACCUCAGCCAACCCAACAUGGGUUCCCCCCGCUAAUGAAGACAAAGCACGGCCUUUUCCUGAGCCAAAGCCCGCGCCUAAGCCUGAGCCAGUAUCCGUGACAGUGGCAGACAGCUACCCAGAGCCCAAGACCCCCGCAGCGGUGGAAGUAAAAAAGGCGGCCGCACCUCCCACGGUACCAGUCGUAGAGGAAGUUCCCUUCAGGCCCUCCAUCAGCCUGGACACCAUACUCAACCAGGAGAUUCACAGCCUCACCUCUAACAUCAAAAACAUCAUGCAGACUCAGCACAUUUGCUAUUCUUCGCGGCUCUCCCCGAGGUUGCUCCCUCGCCACAGCUGGCUGCCCAACAGCUGCUUCUCCGACUUUGUGAGACCCUACGUCUCGCCCGUCCCCACUCAAGGGGAGGUCAAAGCACUGUGUGAGAAGAUGGACAAGCUGAUCCCCAGCCCACCUGCUCCCCCCAAGGUCACUUCUCCACCUCCCGCAGUCACAACAUCUAAUCUUACCACACCACCCCCCACCCCCGUACAGACUCCUAAAAGUAAAGCAGACCCCUCCUCUCACGGUGGUAAAACGGGCACUGUCAAAGGAUCCACUAAGUCUAAAUCAGAAGGCUCGUCGGGAGAGGUUAAGGGAGAGCUCUAUUCUCCCUCUCAGGUCACACCAGACUCUCCAGAGCUGAAGACCCAUAAAAAGGUCCCUCCUUCUGGGAGUGGGCCGGGCCUGCUGGCUCCUGAGGUGUUCAGCAGCCUGGUGGAGAUGUUUAAGGACUUCACCAAGAAUACGGUCAAAUUCUACAUCUACUCCGGGGACGAGGGGGACGAGAGUUCCGUCUGCAAGGAAAUCAAGGACUACUUGAAGAGUCUUGGCAACAGCGAGUGCAGCCCGCAGACGUUUCUGGAGAACAGCAGCAGCUUAGAUAAGCUCCUCAUCAUCAUUCAGAACGAGGACAUCGCUGCACACGUGCACAAGAUCCCAGCACUGGUGUCUUUGAAGAAGUUGCCCUCAGUGAGCUUCGCUGGAGUCGACACUCUGGACGAUGUCAAGAACCACACUUAUAACGAGCUGUUUGUGACCGGAGGCUUCAUGGUGUCUGAUGAGUUCGUCCUCAACCCUGACCUUAUCACGCAGGAUCGUUUGCAGGGGCUGCUGAAGUUCUUGGAAGACCGGAGCACCCCUGAACACCCCUGGCAGUGGAAGGUGCACUGCAAGUCCCAGAAGAAGCUUAAAGAACUGGCGAGGUUAAACGCCAACGCCAUGGGGCUGCUGAACCUCCUCACCGUGUAUCAGAAGAAGCACCUGGUGGAGUUCCUCCCGUAUCACGAGUGUGACACCCAGUCACGUCAGGCUCCAGACCUGGAAUGCCUGAUCAAGCUCCAAGCUCAGCACACACAGCAACGGCACCUUAUCUUCCUCACAGAGAGGCCAUUUGAGAUGUUCCUGCAGUACUCCAGAAAUGGGAUUGUGAUAGGGAGCAUUGAUGAUGUUAUGAGCGGUUUCCACAGUCUCAUUGGCUCCAUCAAUCAGAAUGAGCUCCCGACACCGCCCUCCACAGUAGUAAACGAUGAGUGUGUGGAAGAGGAGGACAUGUCAUUAGACUCUGAUGAUGGUGAGUCAAACACCAUAUUGGAUCCCUCAGAGCAGAACAAGGCAGUUCAGAGCGCUCCGCAGCCGCCCCCACCGGAGAUGGAGGAGUUUCGUCCUCCGCUUCCAGACCAGCAGGCGACUCCUGAUAGAACUCCAACGCUGUCUGACUACAGUGCUCUCAAGACAGCCAUCUCUCAGUUCAAAGCCACCAACCAGAUGGGAAUAGGCUCUUCAGACAUUGGCAGCUUAUCCCCGGGCAGUUUUCCUGUGAAUCCUCACCAGAGCUUCCUGUGUCCUUCAGCCUCGUGGUCCUCCUACACUGGCUCCUCCAGCUAUGCAGCCUCCCCCGCCUACCCUGCCUCGCCCUGCAGCAGCACCCAGGAGCAGGAGUACCGGCCCGUCCCAGCUCCAGCCUCUGCCUCAGCAGGACCUCUAGCCAACCUGGCUUCCCUCCCCAUGGAGGUCAAACCCCCUCCUCCACCUCACCUCAUGAUGCUGGGACACACGUAUGGCUCGGACACCGGAGGAGCUGGGCCUUGUGGGAACUCUCCGCUCACCACCUCGCAGCCCUACACAGACCACAAUGACUCAGCCCAGCCGGGUUACAUGACCGGCAUUCCAUCACAUGCUGGUGGGACCCCUACGCAACAAGACAGGACACACAUUGGACAUGGGGAGUGUCUAUGGGGGACAGCAGGUAUCAGCACUUUUCAGACUGCCAGCAGCCAGGGUGGGGUCACUGCUGGCCAACUGGACCCAAGCGGGCUCUCUAACACUGGGGAAACCCUCGGAGGAAACACCCCUGGUAGUCAGGGGGGCAGGACUCAGGUGAAUUGCACCAACAACCUUGGAGCCUCUGUGGGCUUACCCACAAUGGCCAGCAGGGGGGGCUCGAUGGUCAGACCUAAGCUGCCUCCACAUCUAAUAAGCGCUGUGGGUUAUGGUUGCAUCCCUGGACAGAUGGACCACGGGCCCAUGCGGGGGGGAAUGGGUCCUGGUUCUUUAGGGGGCUAUCGGGGCAGAGGACUUCCACCAGUAGGGCUUUGGCCACGGCCUGGACGAGGACAUGAUCGGGGGAACGGGUCUGGAGGUGGACCCUGCUCAUGGGGUUACCCAGCAGGCAGGGGGAGGGCACAGGACUACUACUCGGACUACACAUACACUCACAACUAUGCUCCUGAAUAGACAAUGAUGUUUGAAGGGGCAACACAACAGCCAACCUCCAGAGACUAUAAGUGCUGGCUGAAUGUAAAUAUUUUCUUGUCAUAAACACAUUUAUUUGAAUCAGUAAAUAAGGAUCCUGGUUUUUCUACAUUAAUAAAAAUUGAUACAGGCAGUGCCGAGUGUCCUACUGUUGUGUAAACUGUAUGUACACUCUUUCCAUGUGAGCUAUUUGAGACCCUGUUCAAACCACUAUAUUUAUAUUUGCCAGCAAAUGUUAAUGGCCUUCCAGCUUCUUGGAAUUUAACUUGUAAUUUCUGUUUCAUUCUGUAAUUCCAGGUUUUGAAACGGUAAGGGGGAAGGCUGAUAUUUUUUUAAGGAAAGAAAAAAAUAGUGAAUGAAAUUUCUCUUUGCUGUUCGUUUCCUUUUUUUAUUUUUAUUUUUCAUAUUUGGUUGUCCAAAAUUCUAUUGAAAUAAACCAAUCAAGUUGUUUGUGUGACCAGUUUGAUGACAGUGUCAAGCAAACUAUUAAAAAUAUCAAUUAGAACUGUCUUACUGUCCUUUCAUACUAGGGCUGCUCAAUUAAUCGUAUUUUAAUUCG